AUGGAAAAACUCUCUCCAAGCUCUCCACCAAUUUCUUUAAUUGCUUCUCAGUGGACAAAAUUCCGUGAAGCUUGGAUUCCAACUCUCAAAGAUCAUAUUCCUAUUGCAUCUUUUGGUAGUGUCUACUGGAGUGCUAAUUGGGAUAUUCAUCCGGAUUGCGCAAAUUUAGAAUCUUAUGAAAUAAAAAAUUGUAUUAUCUCUAAAUAUCCUUUUCAUUUAUCCAUUGAAAUAUCUCAAGAAAAAGAUUACUCUACUGAAAAACUUUGGGAUGUGUUUAACUCUGGAUCCGUACCUAUUAUCUGGGGUGCACCUAAUAGUCGUUCGUACCUACCACAUCCUAAAUCUGCCAUUUUUAUUGAUGAUUUUCCUGAUGUUAAAGCUCUUGCCGAUCAUUUAAAGUAUUUAAUGGAAAAUAAAACGGCUUAUUUGGAAUAUCAUAAAUGGAGAACUGCCAAGGAAUGGUCGGAAGGAUUUGAAAGAAAAGUAUAUAUGAAUAUUGAAAAUAUGGAAUGUAAUGUUUGUAAAGAGGUUGCUAGGUUAAGAAUUUUAGAAGGAAGGGUUAAUCUUCCACAGUUUCAAGUUGAUUUAGAGGAUAAUGUUAAUUAUAUUUAG